CUAACAUGCAGAUAGAUACAUACAUACAGCAAAAAUUGUGAUGAUAAUGGAAGGGGUACUGGUUUUAACGGUUUUGCUUACUUGUCUUGGAAUAUUUUCUGCAAAUGCAGCAACGGUAACCGAUUCUCUAAAUGUCAAGGCUACCCAAGGAAAUACCUCUGUCAAAUGUCCUAAUGGCUUUGUAAGAUACGAGGAAUCCUGCUACAGCUUUCACUCCGAGGCAUUCUCCUGGCCAGAAGCUCUGGUGUUUUGUUAUACAUUCAAAAACACUCUCGUGACCUUAAGAUCAACUGCCCAAUAUGAAUUCCUGCAAGGCAUUUUGGCAACGAUCACAGUGUCUGGUGUCCAAGCUGUGACAAGCACUACUUUGUCCCCAUUUCGAUACUCAUACAAUUUCCGUCCAAGUAGACAACAAAGUCAAAAUAUUUUGCAAUCUCGAUCUCAAUCCGUCUCUACAGGUGGGUUCACAGCUGCAGGAUUUUGGACAGCUGGAACGGCAGCAGACCUUCCAGGGGAAUGGAAAUGGGCACCCAACAAUAAGGAUAUUGAAUUUGACACGUUUAAUGCCACAGACCCAAACAAAGCCACCAUGGGAUUCAUGACACAACAACGAAGUGGAUGUCUGGUUCUUGCCAAGACUCUUGGAUUCAAAAUAUCUAGGAUGGAUUGCAAAACUCCACUUCACUUUGUUUGUGAACGAAUUGAUCCAUACUAAGGCAUGAACUACGGCUGUGACUGAAUUAUAUCUUUGUUGACGAUGUAUCAAGAUUACGAAUGUUUUCGUUUGAAGUCAAGUUGUAGUGAAACUUAUAUUUCUUUAUUAGUAUAACAAUUGUUAUAUAAAGUGAAUGUCAAAUGUUCAGCUUUCGAUGCAUGCCUUUAUUUUUGUCAUAUCGGGGUCCUACUUUUAAUGUUUCGAAAUGCAUAUAGGAGCUUUGGGACUCUCAAUAUUUUAUAAUUGAAACAUUGACAAUUCUGAACACAUUAAUGAGAUUAUAUACCAUUAGUAUUUUUUUAAUUGAACUGUUGAACUUUAAACGCUUUCUGGUUUACUUGAAUUUUGAAAUAUAUUUGAUCUUAUAAGAUGAUAUAUGAAACUGUAAUCUGUCAUAAUGGAAAAAUUGCCGAACAUGAUCUUAUCUGGAUAUUCGUACUAACAUUACUAUACAAGGUCACAGUGUAUUUUUCGAUAUUUCUAUUACAGUCUAAAUUUUAUUUCACCUGCGUUAAAUGCACGUUAACGUAAAAACUAAAUGUACUUGUGUUUUUAGGGAAAACAAUGAUCACAUGAGUGCAUACCAUCUUGAAUACUUUAGUACAUAUAUUUUUUUAUUGUAUCUCUUUUUUAUUGUCAAAUGACAUUAUUUUUCUUAUAUUAUAAACUGUUCAAUUUAGUAUUUAAUAAAAGAUCCACUGAUGUGACAA